CAUUCAUGCCAUGCCAGGAUGAGCACGUUCUUAGAUUAUUCAGUAAUGAGUGGAGGAGAUGGUGGCGGCGCGUGCUCCGUGAGAACAUUCCACGCUGAUCAUGGAAUUACAACUUUUCAAUCCUGUGCUGUUACGGUGAGUAAUUGUCUCGGGGAAGAUCGCUUCCUUGCAGGUAGAACAUCUCCGGACACAGGGCCUGUGGCUCAUGCACAACAACCUGGUUCCUAUCAGUCUCCCGGUAGCUCAUUGAGCAUCGCGUAUGGCACGCACGCAGGCUAUGGCACGCCGGGCUUUUGCACAAAUUACAACCAUUACACGCUGAACCAGGAAGUAGAUACAGCUGUUGGUCUAGCACAGUGCGCGCCCAUCGUUUACUCCGGGAACAUAUCUUCAUCAGUGGCACAGCAUCACCCCCACCUCUCGCAUCGGCAAGGUUACAGCGGUGGCGGCGCACAUCUGCACGGACCCCUCCAGUUCGCCGCUCAUUCGUCGUGUGGCCAUGGCCAGGAACAGCCCAGCCUAGCCCUCCUGACAGCGGGCUGUUCAAACGCAUUGUCGCCUUUGCACGCAAGCCACCACGAUGCCUGUUGCCCCUCACUGACAGAAAGCGCUUUCACCGCGCAGACAUUUGACUGGAUGAGGGUGAAACGGAAUCCACCGAAGACAGGAAAAGUAGGAGAAUUCGGGUUCAGUGGGCAGCCCAAUACCGUUCGUACCAAUUUCACGACCAAACAGUUGACAGAGCUCGAGAAGGAGUUUCACUUCAACAAGUACCUUACACGUGCGAGGCGAGUAGAAAUCGCAGCUGCACUCCAGUUGAACGAGACCCAGGUGAAGAUCUGGUUCCAGAACCGGCGCAUGAAGCAAAAGAAGCGCGAGAAAGAGGGCAUGCUCCCUAAAUCCCCAUCCAACACCGGGAACAGCCCGGGAAAAGGAGAUGAUGGAUCGGAAAGGUCCCUUUCUACCCCAUCUACACCAUCUCCUGUGUCCUCCAGUUGAAGUUCACGUGCAUUUGUCCGUUCUCUGACGCACUUCGCAUGAUAAUCAACACGAGGAGGUAGAAUGCACCCUCCCCGAUGAGAUAUAAAUCAUUGUAGAAAAGAAGAACAAUCAUGGAAAACACUUAUCAUUUGGGAUUAGAUACUUGUACAUUUAUAUCAACGCUGGCUGAGCGUGCAGUUGCUGUUUUGUUUGUCUAUCGGUGUGUACAGUGUUCAGGUCCGCCUCUUGACUGUUUGCUGUGGUACUAUUGGCUGAUGCGUAAGGCUUCCAUGUAACAUAACACUGAGUUUUAUCAGUCGCAGGAGGUAAAUACUUUUAUCUUUGUUAAAUCCAAUGAACUGCUUUACCAAAGAUUA